GUAAGCCUGCCGUUGACGUUAGCGCGGUGCUUGGUGUUAGCCUUUCUUACGUCCAACUUGUUUAGGCUGGACGUAAUGAAUGUAACUGUUAUUUAACAAGUAGCAGCAGCACCUAUAAUUAUUUGACUAGUAACAACUACAAGUUAAAAAUGGAGCCCCUGGACCCUGGCAGGAAUGAUGAAAACAGUGGGUUCUCCAAGAGACGCAUUUCUUCUAUAUUAAAAGCGCCUCGGAAAUCAAUAAAAUUCUCUGAUCCAGAGCAACAGGAAAAUCAGGUUGAAAGUGCCAAACCAGUGGAAAAAAGGAAUUCCAGAAGAGUUAGCUUUGCACCAGCCAAUGAUGUUCUUCUUUUUCCCAAGGAUGCGAAAAACACCUCGUCCGGCCGAAGUCCAUUACAAGAGCUAAUGCCAACAACAGCUGUGCCCACACAAAAUAGGCUCCAGGUGUCAAGUGAAGAUGGGAUUCAACAAAUUAUGGGAAUGGAAACCCUGCUGAGUGCACCUCUACAUGCCUCUGACCAAAAAGAAAAGGUCAUCUCCAACACUGACUUUGGAGAGAAAACAGUGAUUUAUUGCGUGGAUGAUGGAAUCAUGGACAUGACCCAGUCUCACACCAUCAACAUCGAUGUAGACUAUCUUGUUGAUACGCCACAGAAGAACAAUUUCAACUUAUUUCAGAGUGGCGAGAGUACAGUGAUGCCUUCAGAAGAUUGUGGAUCCAUGGGUAUGAGCCUAAGCCAUAAUGUUGACAUGGCUAGAGGGUUCGAUUUUCCAUCAUCUUGCAGAAACACAGAUUUCAGCCUCCCAGUGUCGAGUUUUGAUCCGACUUUGACCAUUUUUCCUUCAGGUCUUUCAAAACCAACUGGGUUGAAUGUAAAACUCUCUGAUGCCACGGUGGACACAAACCUUUCCCAGACCAAAACCCAAAAGGUCAAUGUUGAUAAAGAAAAUCACGUUCCAUCGUCAGUUAAAAAUACUGGCAAUGUUAGAGAAUCAUCCCGUGGCUGCGCACUCUCUCAAGAUGAUGACGUUAACAUGGACAUGACACACAACCGGCCUGUUAAAGGAUUGACUGACGAUAACGACAAUCCUUUUCAGUGUCUUUUUCCCUCACAAGAAAUGUACUCCCGGUCUGACAGAGGGUCACCAGAAUCACAGAAGCAAGCCAGCACGACACCUGGAUUGUCCAAAUCAAAAGCAUCAGGACACAGGUUCCAUAGGGGGAAGGCUGAAGAAGAACACACAGAGAAAACAGUGAGGUUCACUGCAGAUGACGCCUAUAUGGACAUGACGCAGAGUCACCCUGUUAAAAUCCCAACAGAUGUGUCAGCUCCCCCUGAUUUUGACAAUGUUAGAAAAACUGUGACUUCUGUGGAAAAGAGACACAGACAUACUGUUGGGCUAUCUUCAUCUGCAAAUAAUUUAAACUCUGGAUUCUUUGCAAGCCUCUUAAAGCCAAAAGACACCAGCGUUAAUUCAGGAUAUUCCAGAAUCGCUAACCCUGUGUUGAUCAAGGAACCCUCUAAUGGAGAUCCAGUCUGUCCUCAAGAUGAUCUGAGCAUGGAUAUGACAGAAGUUCAAACGGGACACAUAGAGAUUGCAGGGAUUAAUGACCCACUUCACUAUCUCCGACCUGCACAAGAAAUGCGCCCUCAAGGCGGACAAAACUCAACUCAACAGUUGUGUACUGAAAGGCACCGGUCAUCUUACAAUACAGGAAAGGAAAUGUUAUUGGAGUCCUCUUUUAGACGUCAGAUGACUUGUGGUAGUCAAGGGGACUGCAGAGAGAAAACGCUGAGGUUCACCGAUGACAGCGCACUCAUGGAUGUGACUCAAAGUCACACUGUGAACAUAGCCUGUGUUUUGCCAGUGCAAUCGCACAAAAAUGUGGCCAAUUUACCGACCAACGAGGAGAGGUCGGUGAGGUUCAGUGCAAAUGGCGCUACUAUGGAUGUGACACAAAAUCACACCAUGAACAUUGCUACUCAUGUGGAGCCGGGAGAACACCAUAAUGUUGACAUUGUACCUGUUGGAGGAGAGAAAACACUCAGGUUUACUGCAGAUGAUGCUGCAAUGGAUGUGACACAAAGCCACACUGUAAACAUUGAUACUCAUUUUGAGCCACACAUCAAAACAAAUGUGGAUAUUUGGUCUACGAGAGGAGAUAAAACCUUGAGGUUUUCUACAAAUGAUGCAGCAAUGAAUAUGACAGGGAGUCGCACUGCAAACUUCGCGAUUCCUGUCGAUUCUGGAGCCUCUCAUAAUGCUAACUUUUUACAUGCUGGAGGAGAGAAAACUGUGAGGUUUACUGCAGAUGAUGCAGCUAUGGAUGUCACACGAAGCCACACUGUUAGCAUUGAUACUCAUUUUGAGCCACACACCAAAACAAAUGUGGAUAUUUUAUCUGCUAGAGGAGAGAAAACUUUGGGGAUUUUUGAAAAGGAUGCCGCUAUGAAGGUGGCACAAAGCCACACUGCAAACAUUGCUACUUAUUUGGAGCCAGCAGCAUACCAUAAUGUUAAUUUUGUACCUGCUGGAGGAGAGAAAACGGUGAAGUUUAGUGCAGAUGAUGCAGCUAUGGAUGUGACACGAAGCCACACCGUGAACAUUGAUACUCAUUUUGAUCCGCACACCAAAACAAAUAUGGACAUUCUACCAGUUGGAGGCGAGAGAACGGAGAGGUUUAGUGCAGAUGAUGCAGCUAUGGAUAUGACUCGAAGCCACACUGUAAUCCUUGAUACUCAUUUUAAACCACGAGCACAAAAUGUGCACUGUGUACCUGUUGGAGGAGAGAAAACCAUGAGGUUUUCUGCAGAUGAUGCAGCUAUGGAUGUGACACGAAGCCACACUGUAAACAUUGAUACUCAUCUUGAACCAAGGACCAAUCAAAAUGUGGAUGUUUUACCGACUGGAGGAGAGAAAACCUUGCGGUUUUCUGCAAAUGAUGCAGCUAUGGAUGUGACACGAAGCCACACUGUAAACAUUGAUACUCAUUUUGAACCAAGGUCCAAACAAAAUGUGGAUUCUUUACCAACUGGAGAAGAGAGAACCUUGCGGGUUUCUGUAAAUGAUGCAGAUGUGAAUGUGACACAGGGCCACGCUGUGAAAAUCUGUAGUCAUUUGGAGCCAGGAGCACACCAUGAUGUUAACUUCGUACCUGUUGGAGGAGAGAGAACAGUGAGGUUUACUGCAGAUGAUGCAGCUAUGGAUGUGACGCGAAGCCACACCGUAGACAUUGAUACUCAUUUUAAACCAGGAGCACAAAUUGUGGACUGUGUAUCUGUUGGAGGAGAUAAAACCAUGAGGUUUACUGCAGAUGAUGCAGCUAUGGAUGUGACGCGAAGCCACACCGUAGACAUUGAUACUCAUUUUAAACCAGGAGCACAAAUUGUGGACUGUGUACCUGUUGGAGGAGAUAAAACCAUGAGGUUUUCUGCAGAUGAUGCAGCGAUGGAUGUGACACGAAGCCACACUGCAAACAUUGAUACUCAUUUUGAACCAGAGACCAAACAAAAUUGUUAUUCUUUACCAACUAGAGGGGAGAGAACCUUGCGGGUUUCUGCAAGUAAUGUAGAUGUGAAUGUGACACAGGGCCACGCUUCAAAAAUCGCUAGUCAUUUCGAGGCAGAAAUAGACCAUGUUAACUGUGUACCUGUUGGAGGAGAGAAAACCUUGCGGUUUUCUGCAACUGAUGCAGCUAUGGAUGUAACACGAAGCCACACUGUAAACAUUGAUACUCAUUUUGAACCAAGGACCAAACAAAAUGUGGAUGUUUUACUGACUGGAGGAGAGAAAACCUUGCGGUUUUCUGCAAAUGAUGCAGAUGUGAAUGUGACACAGGGCCACGCUGCGAAAAUUGCUAGUCAUUUGGAGCCAGGAGCACACCAUGAUGUUAACUUUGUACCUGCUGGAGGAGUGAGAACAGUUAAGUUUACUGCAGAUGAUGCAGCUAUGGAUGUGAUUCGAAGCCACACCGUAGACAUUGAUACCCCUUUGAAAUCAGGAGCACAAAAUGUGGACUGUGUACCUGCUGGAGGAGAGAAAAUCAUGAGGUUUUCUGCAGAUGAUGCAGCUAUGGAUGAGACACAAAGCCACGCUGUAAACACUGAUACUCCUUUUGAGCCACACACCAUAACAAAUGUGGAUAUAUUACCAGUUGGAGAGAAAACCUUGAGGUUCCCUGCCGAUGAUGCUGCAUUGGAUAGUCAACGAAGACAUACUGUAAACAUUGCUGGUAAUUCAUUUUUAAACGAAGCUCCUCCUACCCAGAAGAGAGAAGAGAUGACUAUUCUGCCAAGAAAUAAAUCUUUAUCAGUACUCGGUUUCAAUACAGGAUUUAAAAAGACAGGUUUCUCCUGGGCUAAUCCCAUGAUCACCAGAGAGGAACCUUCAGCAGAGUCAUCCUUUCAAGAAACUGGUGAUACAGACCACUUCAUCCCAGCCCAGCCAAAAACACCAUGCAUGGAUAAUGAAAGUGAAGUUCAAGCUCUUUUGGAUAGUGGUGUGAAUGAAAUCACAAACUUGCAGGGCGCAUUAGAAGGAGCAGAGACUGAUGUUGGCAUGAACCUGACUGAAGUUCAAACAGGCUUAAUUGUAGUAGAAAAAUUCUCAGAUGAGCCCCCUCACUCUCGGUCAUCAACACGAGACCCAGAUGCUUGUCUUCAAGAGACCAGAAAGGCAACUUCAUCUCAAUCCAAUCAAGAGUCAGGACUAAGCAAACAAGAUGGAAUGGAAAUCUCAAAUGUUCCGGACCAUGUAGACUCAAAAGAAACAAAGAUUAGAAAAGAAAAUGAAUUAAGAAAUGAAACCAGCCCGCUGUUGACAAAGUUACAUUCACCCAUUGCUGAUGACCAUGAUAGUCCUUCAAGGAAGUCUAGACGAAUAAGUUUAGCUGAUCUCCAAAAAAAAGUGAGGCGUUUGAGCUGCAUGGUAAACACGACUCCUGAGACUCCAGCUGUGGACAGCUGCAUAGCACCUACGCCUUGUUCGGACCCUGGCACCGACAAAAGCCCAAAAGACGAGAAUGAUUUGCCCCCUGCAGUAGUGCCAGAUGUUGUAGAUUUAGGAAAUACUGCGGCUGAAGCGCAAGAUCUUCCACAAGAAUAUGCAACUGUGGAAACUCCUUUUAAACUUAAGACGAAAGAGCUGAUGUCAAGACUGUCAAUGGGAGGCUUUAAGGCAAAACUCCCUCAAAGAACCAGAGUUGAUGAUCCAAAAAAGGCAAACUCCAGCCACAUGAAUUCUGAGAGAAAAAGUGACAGUAGGACCACGACCAACAAUAUUGCAAAUAAUCUGGGCAACUGGAAUGAUGACGACGUGAGUGACAUUUACGAUGAAGAGCUUGGCAGCUGCGAAGAUUUAUCAGAAAUAUUGGAUGAUAGGAGUGUGCCGAAAAUCUCAGAAAAUGUGAUCCCUUUUGAAGGUUUCAACAUUGAUGAAUGUUUAUUGGACGUUUUUGAAGAAGACAGUGCAAAUCGUGUCCCAGGAAUAAAGAGACGCUUGCCAUCAGAUGAAAAUAACACUGAGGAGGAGAAGAAAUUAAAAAUGGCCACUCAGAUGUUUCCUGAGACAGUAGAGACGGGAGCACAGCCUCAUGUUGUCAAAUAUGAUGGUAGCAUCAUUGCAGCUCCAACAACAAGACACACCAUGGAUUCCUCCAGCAGUACUCACACGUCUAGCAGCAGAAGCGACUCCACUUUUAAACAGAGCAUGUUGGAAUCUCAGCUGGAAGACUACUCCAGUGAUGUACAGAGGAAAUUAGAGGAUGGCACAAUAACGGUCUCAGAGUUCCUUAACCUCUUCAACAUUGACUUUGUGAUCCAUAAUCCCCGGCAAAGCAUGCUUCCUGGCAGGUCUUCAUUCGACACAGAUUGCACACUGAUGGAUGUAAUGAAAGACAAACUUAUAAAUCGGCCCAAACAGCUGGUCUAUGAAGCUGACAUCAAGAGCCUGUCUGAAAAGGUGGAAGGGUUGAAUUACCGAAUGUGGGACUUAGACAAACCUCUUAAGACGAUCAAUCAAGCAUUAUGGGAAGAGAUGAAAAAUUCUUCAGAAAAUGAGAUCAAAUGUUUUGGCGUAAAAUUAAAAGAAAGAAACAACUACUUCAGAAAGAUGAGCAAAGUCCGGUCGCAUGAAAUGAAGGAGGUCCUGUACACAGGUGUUGUGCAGGCUAUUACGGAUGAGCAGGAGAAACUGAGAGGGAAAGUUGAUGAAUCUGAGGGGAUGAUCAGAAUGCUGGAUGACUGCAUUAGUGAUUUGGAAGCAGAACUUGCAGAAAUUGAGGAGAAAGGAACUGAUAGCAAGCCAAGUCUUAAAUCACUCCAGGAAGAAUUGAAGAAAGUCAAUGAGACGUUGAAUGACAAUGAGCGUCAAAUAUCUGAACUGGAGAUGCAGAAAAAGCAGGCUUCAAGCAAACUGAACAAUCUGAAAGCUGACGUAGCAAACCUUGAGCGCUCCAUCGCCAUUCUCAAUACACUCAAUGAAUGGAGAUUGAGUGAAAAGACAGACAAAUAUGCAGUCUACACGUUCCUCAAUGCCACAUUGCAUCUACAGUUGAUGUACAAAGGAGAUUGUGCCGCUGAGGAACCUGAGCGAGAAAUUUCACACAUCAAUUUCACAUUUCUACUUGAUGAUAAAAGGUCGCAGAGCCACGCCCGCCUCGUUCACAAACUGCUCUCCCAGUACAUUGACGGCCAAACAGCUUGGGUGAAGAAAUACCCAACAAGUAAUCAUGUUCAAAAGCUGCUCUCUGACGUGUCCUUGGUGGUCAGUCACUGUCGUCUCCUGGGGGAGGAGAUACGACUGCUAAAAAUGUGGGGAGGUUUACGGCUCAAUAUCGUGGACAUCAGCUGUGUGGACACUCGAGUACACAUUCUCUUCAGCAGUCUGAGGAGGUGCUCCAAAUUUGAGGUUACCUUCUCUGUCAGCUUGGACAACCACAUCUAUAGUCUUCAGGUGCACAGCUUUAAUAGCAUCUAUGGGAACACAACGAUCCAGCAGAUUGAAACCAUCGUUGAGUCAUUCAUUCCGGCCAAGAAGCUCUUGACCAAGGUUGUUAAGAAGAUUAACACUGACCUCCUUUGAUGGCGACCAAGUCCUACUUAACCUGCUAAGUUGCGUUUGCAAAAUAACUUGUGGUUAAAAACAACACAUGUAAAUAUGCCCUAUUUGUCUUUGUCAUACAUUUAUUAAGAGUGGGUAGAAUUAAAUAUUUCAUACCUAAAGUUUUCAUUAAAAAUGUUUUCUAAUUAUUUUCUUCAAUGUGUUUUGUAUGUUCAGGGAUGUACACAUUUUGUCU